ACUCAAAUCGAGUUCAGUUCCCAAACCAAGAACAACAGCAACAUGAUCAAAAUUCUUUUUGCUCUCUUUGUCAUUUGCCUGAUUGGCAUUUGGGCUGCCCCUGUGGAGCAUAGUUCAACCAGCACUCAGCCACCAAUAGCCAUAUUGGAACAGCAGAAUGAGAAACAUGAGGAUGGCUCCUAUAAUUUCUAUUAUCACGGUGAGGAUGGCACCCAUCGUCGUGAGGAGGCAGUCGUUCGGAAUGCUGGCACCGAUCAUGAGUUCCUCGAAAUAAGCGGCUCCUAUUCAUAUUUCGAUGCCAAUGGCAAAGAGGUCACUGUCACCUAUAAGGCCGAUGAUCAUGGCUUUGUUCCCGAAGGUGGUGAUAUAUUGCCCCAGAUAUCGGUGGCCGCCAAACAGGUCAGUGAGAUAGUGGCUCAACCAGAUUUGGAUUAUGAUAAACCACCAAAUGUUUAAACAAAAGCAAUGGCAAACAAUUAAAUCAACUGAUA